AUGCCCAUGACUGGUGGCAUCCCAGUCGAGCAACGCAUCGACGCAAUCGAUGUUUUUGCCCGUAACAUCUACCUCCGGACCAAGCAGGACCCCUCCCUAGCUGAAGUUGCAGACGCUGUUCGCCAGCUCCAUACCGGCCUGCGACAUCUCCGUGUUGAAGCUGCCGACCCAGACUCGCUCCUCAGCGACCCCUCGAGCGUCUACUCCAGCCAGGUUUCCCCUCUUGUCGAGGAUUGCGCCCGGACUCUGAGACUUCUCGAACAUGCAUUGAACGAUGAGGGUCGAGGCCUGGGCUCGGUCAAGGCUCAGCUCAAGGGCAGGAAAGCCACAAUCGACUCGUUCCUUGAUGCCGUCCAACUGCAGAAUCCCAGAAACAGACCUGGUAAAUCCGUAGUGGAUACCACACAGCCAAGUCUCGAUGGCAUCAAAGACAAGGUCGAUCAGAUCGCAGAGAAGAUCUUCCAACGAAAGAAUAGUGGGUUCGGAGACGGCGACGACAGCCUUUGGGAGGUGUUCCAAUCAGAGCUGGAGGGGCAAGGCUUCGAUCCGGCCAUCCUCAGACAGCACAAGGACGUUCUCCGAGCCUACAUUCGGAGCAUCCAGGCUCUGUCCCACAGUAAUGGCUCCCCACCUACUCUCCAACGGCUUCUCAAAUAUGAGGAGAAGACAGCCCGGGUCCCUUCUGAUGAAAAAGAAGCAGUACCCCAAUCACCAGUGGACAAUCCCAAAUACAUUGUCCACCCAGAAGCAGACGGCCCCAAGGCCAAGGACCCUCCUCCUCCUUUGCCACCCAAGAUACCUCUCACCCAAGACUUACAGCAGCCCGUAGCAGAGCUCCCAGCCUCAGCCGGCGCUAUCACUCGCACCAACCCCUCCGACAACAUGACACUUAUAUCCACAAAGGAACUCUUGGCCAUGGACAGCCUUGACUCAGACAUGGCCCAGCUACAAUUACAUAAACAUCAUCACCAUCAUCAUCGCCAUCAUUCUCGGGAUGCAAUGGGUCACUCCCCUCGGGAGUCGUACCGUGGCUCCAGCGGCCGUCUCAACCUCCCAGAUCAACAAGACUCUUCUGUCUUCUAUGGCUCGUCACCUCUUGUUGCCCCGCCAAGGGGGUACCACUCCCUCGGGAGCUCGCCAUCAAACCCAGGGAUGGCACACCAGUUCCGUCUAGCCCCCGAUCGAUAUGGUCGCCAGAUCCCUCAUGACGCAGAGUGGACAAAGAUCAACAGAGACCUGGUCAGUCCCCAGGUCUUAGAGAAGGCUCGGGUCAGAUAUGAAGCUCGGCCCAAGUAUGUGGCCAUCUUGGGUCACCUAACAAAGGAACAAAUCGCCGACUUCGUCAGACAGACCACCGACGUCCGGCGGGCGAGAAAUAUCCGCCAGAGCCAGAGGGCAGAUUCCAGAAGCAGUCGGGAUGACGAUGACGACGACAGCGACGAAAGCGACAAGUUCAGCGACAGUGACACAACAGACAUCGACGACGACAAGACAUCAGAGAAGGGAACAAAGUCGUACCCCUUCAUCGUCAGCCCCCCUGACAGGACCUCGCCCUCAAGCACCGUCCCUCCCAAGUCCAUCCUCAAGAACAAGAACCACGUCCAUUUCGCGGAACACGGAGACUCCGACUCAAGGAUCUCCCGCUCUCUCAAAGACGAUAGGUCAAGAUCCGAUGACUACCAUCACCGAAGCCGCCGUGACAGCGACAACUACGGCAGCAGGGACUACCAUCGCGAGCCCUCAGAUCGCUCCUCCCACCACUCCUCCAAGCGCCACUCACCCCCCGACGACAGAGACCGCCACGACCGGCCCCGGCACCACAACGACGACCGCGACUCCCACCACAGCAACAGCUCCAGAUAUAGAGAGCAAGGUCGCCGCCAGCAACGCGACAGCGACAGCCGGAAGUCGAAAAAGAAUUCCCUGGGCGGAACCCUCGGCGCGGUCGGCAUCGGCGGCGCCGCUGUGAGCCUCCUCAGCGUCCUCGCCGAGGCCGCCAUAUAA